UGAUAAUACGUAAUGAAAAUUAUGAUAACACUUGAAGAUUAUUAUUUGUGUGCAAGUUAUUUAUCAUACCAGUAUACUAGUACCUUAAAAAUGCGCAAUUAAAUUUAUUAUAUAAAGAAAUUUAAACAAAAUGACAAUGAUCCUGUGUCUAGUACUUCUAUCAAAUGUUCUAUUAGGUGUGGAAUCAGUUAGUCGAGUUCGCCUAGUCAACCACACCGAUUAUGCCAUCUCCGUAGUACAAGAAACUGUAACCCGUGUGGAAAGACUCGGUUUUUGUAAUUUGAAAAUUGAAGACAUAUCGAUGAUUAUUAAUCAGACUGUACUCGGUGAAAGAUUUAUAGGGGAGGCCAAGUUGAAAAAUGGAUUUGUGACGUCAAUUCAAAGCUGGGAUUUGAUUCAACAUACAGUUCAACAAGUAUGGCCGUCAGCGUCCCCUGGAACAGUUGAAAUCCGAUCAACUCUGCGUUUCAUUAAUAUGGAAAUUGGUUUUGACGUAGAGAUUACUACCUCAGACGGUAAACAUGUCUCGACAGCAACAAUUGUUUAUCCGGAGACACAGUUUUUAUUUACUAUAUCUAAUAAUCUAUUUAGAGAUAAAAUUUCAACGAAUGUUAUUAGUGUCGUGCUCAAUCCUAGAACUUCAUUGACACUGCUACCAGAGAAUAGUAUCACAAAACUGUUGCCUCCUUUAUAUAAUUGGAACUCUACAUCGAAUAGUAUUGCUGAAUGGACUUCAAGUAUUUUCAUACCUAUCACUCAGGAGGUUGUGGAUACAGUUAUACCUUUUCCAGAAAUUUGCUACGACUGUCCAAUAACAGCAUAAACUGAAGAAUAUUUGUUAGUUCAAAUAUUACAAUAAUUUGAUAUGGUAUUUGUGUAUACAAAUUUUGUAAUAAAAGAUAACUGUUUUAAAGGUGUAUUAGACUUAUGUAUUGUAGUGACAUUAUGUAUUUUGUUUUCCGUACAUAGAGUUGUUAAUAAAUCAAAAUGGUAUCCAAACUUAAAAAAAUAUAUUGCAAAAAUCUGUAGAUUUUAAGUAAGUAUUACUUAUCUAUCUUGGUAUGAGUUAAUAGUUCGGUAUAUAAACAUAAAAAAAAACCUAUAACAAGUGUUAUCACUAAAGGAAGAAACAAUAAAAAAGACGAAACCUCUUAGCAUUCAAUGGAUAAACCGAACGGGUCCAUCGCGUUGAAGGGAGAAGAGCUUUAACAGUGCCUGGGACUUGCGAACUCAUAAUACUUAUCGAUCUUGAUGUCAUAAUAUUUGGGGAUGUUGGUUUCCCAAGAAACCGUAAGCUCUUUUAUCACAAUGCACUUUAAAGUUCUGAAGGCCGACACACCAAUAUCCUCGAUGAAUUUGUAUUCUUUCUCAUACUUACACAUCAUUAUAAUCAAAUCCGAAGUCGCCUUAAGGAUAGAGUAAAGCUUGACGUUGAAUUUUAUAGCCGUAGUGCCUUCUCUCACAGAACCUACUGAUCGCUCGUUUGUAGCUACCGAAAGACUAAUUGCUUCACGUUUGAUUCCCAGAACCCUAUCGUGACGACGCAAGUAUUGACGCAAGUAUUGAUCCAAGAUCUUACCAGCAAAUGCUUAGUAGUUACAACUCCCUUCUCACAGAUAUAGCAAGUUUUUUCGGUACCUUCACCCCAUCUUACUAAAUUACUCUGAUCCCAGAGAGUCAUUUGGAACGCUUUGAGAUAAAAUUUUAACAAGCUGGCCACCAAUCAAGAAUUAAGGUGCGCCGUUUUAAUGCUAAUGGGAUACAAAAAUCGCCUAUGCCUAUUGUCUAGCCACUCGUUCUGCAUGUCUAAACUCAUUUCAUGUCUCUUGUAUUUAGAAAAAUAUAAACUUAAAACAAUUUUACCUGUUCGUCGGGAUCCCUGUAUAGUCUGACACGUUUAGGACUUCAUAUGUGCUUUUAAAAUGGUCGUAAAUUUGUUCUUUGGUCAAGAUAAAGUCUCUGUGUCCUUUCUUAAAGUAGUUUUCGAAUAAUCAAAAGGGUUUUUAUCAAAAUUUACUUUCUGUUUUGCCCGGUCAAAAUUGUAGUGAUAUUUUGCUGUUAUUAGUUUUAGAAUUGACCUUUACGCCCUAGCAAGUUGAUGACUAAGGUGAUUGUGGCCUAUGGCUUUAGCUAUAGAUCAGUUUAAUUUUUUUUUAUUAAAUCCUGGUUUUUCCUCCGCAUUUCUAUUCAGAAAGAAUUGUAUCUGUUCUUGCGAGCGUAACGAUUUUGAAGUGGAUAUUGCUCGUUAUAGUAGUCGUAAACACUAUUUUGAAAA